CCCGCCCCGCUCCGCCGGGUGCCGGUGGCAGCCGGAUCGCGUAGCGGUGACGGGAUUCCUCACGUCGGGGCGGCACGGUGAUGGGCGGCGCGGCGCUGUCGGGAGCGCUGUGGCUGGGAUUGCUGUGGGCCGGGAGCGGGGCCGGGGGGAGCUGCUCGGGGAAGUGUUGCGAAGGCCGGGACGCCGCUUGUGUCGGCGAAGGAUGGAGGGAAGGAGGGGGCUACGGGACUUGCUACUGCGACGGAGGAUGCCGGCGAGCCGGGGAUUGCUGCCACGACCACGACCAGGCGUGCCCGGCUCUUCCAUGUGUUGUGGGGGAGUGGAGUCAUUGGAGUGGCUGUGCAGAACAAUGUCAACCUCAUCUGCGGAUACGUAGGCGGUAUGUACAGCAGGAACCUAAAAAUGGCGGGGAACCUUGUCCUGCUCUAGAGGAGAAGGCCGGCUGCCUGGAAUACCUGACUUACCAGGGAGAGGACUGCGGCCAUGAACAUGUCCCUGCUUUCAUAACUACCUCUGAAUAUGGUAAAGAAAGAAAACGACGAGCAGCAUCUCCUCCCCGGCCUUCAGACAAAGACGAAGCUGGAUAUUGCGUAGAAUUUAAAACAGAGUCACUUACCCCCCACUGUGCUUUGGAGAAUCGGCCGUAUGCUCGAUGGAUGCAGUACCUACGAGAAGGACAUACUGUGUGCGUUGCUUGCCAGCCUCCAGCUAUGAAUACUGACACACAUCGUUGUUCCGGAGAUGGCCAUAACGCAGAUGGAGGUAAAAUCUUACACUGGGAAGCAGUUGGCAACUCUCAGUGCCAAGGAACCUGGAAGAAGAUUCGGCAACUGGAGCACUGUUCAUGUCCCCUUGUGCAUAGCUUUAUUUUUACAUGAAAGUUUAAAGGACCUUUAAAACAGCAACAACAAAAAGAUUAAGAAAAGUAACACCAAUGCUAAGAAACUUACAUCUUUCUGCUGCAUUUUCUGGAGCCUAAACAAACUUUAAAGGAGUCAGAACUUUGGAAGAAGCAUUCUGGGAAACUCUCUCUGCCUUAAUACAAA